CCAGGGACUACGAUGGGAAUGAGGGUCAAGGAUCAUCAUCUUUCCUUCUUUUUCUUCAUUUUUGUCCUUUCCUUCGCCAUUGUCGCUCAAUCCGAUGAUUGUGUAUAUACGGCGUACGUGAGAACGGGAUCGAUCUUCAAGGGAGGAACUGACUCGAUCAUCGGCCUAAAGCUGUACGAUGCGGAAGGGGAUUAUGUGGAGAUUCCGAAUCUGGAAGCUUGGGGAGGUUUAAUGGAAGAUGGCUACAACUACUUCGAGAGGGGAAACCUUGACAUCUUCAGCGGCAGGGGGAAGUGCUUGGCGACGCCUGUGUGCGCAAUGAACCUCACAUCCGACGGAUCGGGACCUCACCAUGGCUGGUACUGCAACUAUGUUGAGGUUACAUCGACGGGGGCUCAUAUCGACUGCGCACAGCAGCUCUUCACGGUGGAGCAGUGGAUCUCUCUUGACGCACCUCCUUAUGAUCUCACCGCUAUCAGAAAUUCCUGCCCUUACAAUAAUCUUGGCCGCCUCCGCAGCACCACC